AUGACUUUAUUAGACAAAAGAACUACAUUAUUGGGAAUCGGGCCUAAAAUCGGACUCAGCAUCUCAUCGUCUACAAAGCCAUUUAAUCGUCUACCAAGUCAUCUUAUCGUCUACCAAGUCAUCUUAUCGUCUACCAAGUCAUCUCAUCGUCCACCAAGUCAUUUCAUCGUCUACCAAGUCAUUUCAUCAUCUAUCAAGUCAUCUCAUCAUAUACCAAGUCAUCUCAUCAUCUACCAAGUCAUUUCAUCAUCUAUCAAGUCAUCUCAUCAUCUACUAAGUCAUCUCAUCAUCUACCAUGUCAUCUCAUCAUCUACUAAGUCAUCUCAUCGUCUACCAUGUCAUCUCAUUGUCUACCAAGUCAUCUCGUCAUCUACCAAGUCAUCUCAUCAUCUACCAAGUCAUCUCAUCGUCUACCAAGUCAUCUCAUCAUCUACCAAGUCAUUUCAUCAUCUACCAAGUCAUCUUAUCGUCUACCAAGUCAUCUCAUCAUCUACCAAGUCAUCUCAUCAUCUACCAAGUCAUCUCAUCAUCUACCAAGUCAUCUCAUCAUCUACUAAGUCAUUUCAUCGUCUACCAAGUCAUCUCACCGUCCACCAAGUAAUCUCAUCGUCUACCAAGUCAUUUCAUCGUCUACCAAGUCAUUUCAUCGUCCACCAAGUCAUCUCAUCGUCCACCAAGUCAUCUCAUCGUCCACCAAGUCAUCUCAUCGUCUACCAAGUCAUCUCAUCGUCUACCAAGUCAUUUCAUCGUCUACCAAGUCAUCUCAUCGUCUACCAAGUCAUCUCAUCGUCUACCAAGUCAUUUCAUCAGCUACCAAGUCAUUUCAUCGUCUACCAAGUCAUCUCAUCAUCCACCAAGUCAUCUCAUCGUCUACCAAGUCAUUUAAUCAUCUACCAAGUCAUUUCAUCGUCUACCAAGUCAUCUUAUCGUCUACCAAGUCAUCUCAUCGUCUACCAAGUCAUCUCAUCCUCUACGAAGUCAUCUAUCAUCUAUCAAGUCAUCUCAUCAUCUACCAAGUCAUUUCAUCAUCUACCAAGUCAUUUCAUCGUCUACCAAGUCAUCUCAUCGUCCACCAAGUCAUCGCAUCAUCUACCAAGUCAUCUCAUCAUCUACCAAGUCAUCUCAUCGUCCACCAAGUCAUCUCAUCGUCUACCAAAUCAUCUCAUCGUCUACCAAGUCAUUUCAUCGUCUACCAAGUCAUCUCAUCGUCCACCAAGUCAUCUCAUCAUCUACCAAGUCAUCUCAUCAACUACCAAGUCAUCUAAUCGUCUAACAAGUCGUCUAAUCAACAACCAAGUCAUUUCAUCGUCUACCAAGACACCUCAUCAUCUACCAAGUCAUCUCAUCGUCUACCAAGUCAUCUCAUCGUCUACCAAGUCAUCUCAUCAUCUACCAAGUCAUCUCAUCGUCUACCAAGUCAUCUCAUCGUCUACCAAGUCAUUUCAUCGUCUACCAUGUCAUCUCAUCGUCUACCAAGUCAUUUCAUCGUCUACCAAGUCAUCUCAUCAUCUACCAAGUCAUUUCAUCGUCUACCAAGUCAUUUCAUCGUCUACCAAGUCAUCUCAUCGUCUACCAAGUCAUCUCAUCGUCUACCAAGUCAUCUCAUCAUCUACCAAGUCAUCUCAUCGUCUACCAAGUCAUCUCAUCGUCUACCAAGUCAUUUCAUCGUCUACCAAGUCAUCUCAUCCUCUACGAAGUCAUCUAUCAUCUAUCAAGUCAUCUCAUCAUCUACCAAGUCAUUUCAUCAUCUACCAAGUCAUUUCAUCGUCUACCAAGUCAUCUCAUCGUCCACCAAGUCAUCGCAUCAUCUACCAAGUCAUCUCAUCAUCUACCAAGUCAUCUCAUCGUCCACCAAGUCAUCUCAUCGUCUACCAAGUCAUCUCAUCGUCUACCAAGUCAUUUCAUCGUCUACCAAGUCAUUUAAUCAUCUACCAAGACACCUCAUCGUCUACCAUGUCAUCUCAUCAUCUACCAAGUCAUCUCAUCCUCUACCAAGUCAUCUCAUCGUCCACCAAGUCAUCUCAUCAUCUACCAAGUCAUCUCAUCAGCUACCAAGUCAUCUAA